CCUAGAGAUAUAUAGACUGCUAGUGGGAGGCCAUCUUUGAUUCCAAUUGAAUUUGACAGAAUGGUGGGCAAACAGUGCUUUGUUAGCAGACGACAUACGUUGACAGCAAUAAUACGGGAUGAAUUUGUAAAAUUACGUGAUGAAUGAACAGAUGAUGUGUUGAAUUGAUUGAAUUUAAUUUCAAAAUAUAAUUUUUGAAGUGUAUUUUCUUUCUCUAGGUCGUUGCACGUAACGAAUUGUGGUUUGUGGUCAACAAGAAGCGAUUAUUCAUUAGAACUGUAAAAACAAAAGUGUCAUGGCGCACGUGUUUAAAACAAUAUUUAGUUUGCUAAUUUAUACGUUAUAUGUUCUAAGCUGAGUCCAUAUUUAAUUUUAUAUGCGAUCUCUUUAAUAUCAUUACAAAAUAUUCUGCAGGCUUUUAACAUGCCUAAAUAGAAAAUUUGACUAACCUUUUAACACUGUGGGAACAAUAAAGUGUAUUUAAUUUUAAGGUUUAUUUAUUUCUGUAGUAAUUAAAUAACAGUCACAUUUUAAAACACUUUCUAUACUUAUUCAAUAAAAUCCUUGUAAAGGCAAAUAGUAAAAUUUUCAAAGGGAUCUGAAAUUUAUUUACUUCAUGUUUUUGGCUAUAAAAUCUAACCUUCACAAUUCUCCUCGUUCUCGUACAAUCUUUGCUUCCGUCUAAUUUAAAUUAAUAGGAGGUGGGAAAUAAUUGUCGUGUGAAAAUAAUCGUAAACCAACGAGGACAAGUAAUUUCAGCUAAGUUUGCAUUAAUUAAAAUUUUAUUUAUAUUCUAAAUUAUUAAGUUUUAAAUAAAACCAGUAAUGGAUUUGCCAUCAUACAUAAGUCCGUUUGACAGCUGGGCACCAUACAUAAUUUCAUUACUUAUUGUGAUAAUAACUUGUGUAAGGCACUACAUGGGUGGGCCAGAAUGUCCCAGCAACAACAGAAUCGACGGCAAAAUUGUUAUUGUUACCGGUGCUACAAGUGGUCUUGGUUUACACACUGCAACAGAACUUGCUAAAAGAGGGGGCACGGUGGUGCUAGCCUGCCGAGAUCUUGCUAAAGGUAUAAAGGCGUGUGAAGACAUCUCGCAGCAGACACCUCGUGCUGCAGUGAGCGCCAUCCACCUCGACACAUCAUCUCUCCAGUCCGUCCGCAAGUUCUCUCAGUCCGUGGAAUUUAGUCAUGUCGACAUCCUGAUAAAUAAUGCCGGUAUUGCGUUCCACCCACCUGAGAAAACAGAGGAUGGAAUUGAAAUGCAUUUGGCAACUAACUAUCUUGGUCACUUCCUUUUGACUCAUCUGUUGCUGCCGAAACUAAAAGCAGCUCCCAAUGCCCGCGUGAUCAACGUUUCGGCACAUGCGCACUACGGUGGCAGCGUGCAGAUAGACAACCUAAACCUGGACGGAGGCUACUCAUCCGGAAGAGCGUUCAGCCAAAGCAAGCUUGCUAUGGUUUUGAUGGCUCGCCACAUGGCCCACAGCGUGUUGGCGGGUACCAACGUGACGUUCAACGUCGUGGAUCCCGGGAUCGUGCGCGGGACCAAGCACAUGCGCCUCUCGCCGCUCAGCUCCUCCAUCAUGGUGCAGAUGGCGAUGAUGCCGUGGCUGUGGCUGUUCAUGAAGUCCUGCUCCCAGGGCGCGCAGACCAUCAUCUACCUCGCCGUUGCCCGGGAGCUCGCGAGAACCUCCGGGACGUACUACAGCGACUGCGCCCAAAGAGAACCGUCAGAGCUGGCCAGAGAUAGUUCACUGGCACUUCAGCUAUACGAAAAAUCCUGCAGUUUGGUCGGCAUUGAGUGCCCGCAGGAAAGUCUGUAGAAAUAGACAAUAGCUCAACAGAUAUAUUUAUAUCACAGUAUGCUGAAUGAAAGUAAAAUAAUAUAGAAAUCAGAGUAAAGAUUGAUGGUUUUAAAUCACAGUAUGCUGAAUGAAAGUAAAAUAAUAUAGAAAUCAGAGUAAAGAUUGAUGGUUUUAAAUGCAGUGACAGUAGAUAUGUGAUUUUAAUAGAAAAGUGUCAGAUAAACAUGUGACAAUGCUGCUUCAUACAGAAUGUUUUCUGAUUCGACAAACUUUAUUUUUAAACCAAAAUUGUAUCAGUUAUAAAUAGAGGCAAGAUAAUAUGGCGAAUAGCGAUAAAACCAAAAUACAAGCACAAUUAAGUCGAUACACUGCCAAACAUCAAAAUGGCAGUCAGUAACACUGCAUACCACCGAAAUGCAGCAAAAUUCACCUAAAUUACUUCAUUAUUGCAACUAAAAAAUAUACAAUUUAUUUCGUAAAACCUUAGUUUUGGUUUUUAUUUAAUAACCUAAAAUGUUAUGUAUAAAGUAAAAACAUUUUAUAUCCAUCUAUGUUGCCAUACAGGCAUGAGUAAAGACCUAUAGAGAAACAUCACACGAAAAUGUACAUGUAUGAGUUUGAGCUUUUAACAUUACAUACAGAUUUUUUGAUUAUUGAAUUUUAUAGUUGCAGAUUUUUGUUUAACUUACUGUCAGCAAUAUAUGAAGUAGUACUGUUUAAUGUACAUGAAAUGUUGAAGCAGUUGAUCAAUGUUUUACUUAUCAUUACAUAAGUUUUAAUUUUUAAUGAUAAUAAAGACAAAAUCCACUAUAUUUAAUCACAAAAUUUGCUUUUUUAUAACACCAUAAUAUCUUGGCUGUAGUUAUAAAUGACUUAAUGUUAACAUUUUUAUUUUAUUUAUAUGGUAUGGUUAAAGCCCCACAGGCGUAUUGUAUAACCUGUUGACAGAUUGAGACAUUCUAGCUGGUUUAUUUAUUCUGUUGGGGGCACUGUUCUUCCAAUCUAUGAAUAGCUGUCUCUGGAUUAUAAGAGAGGGUUUGUAGGGAUGGAUGAAGAGUGGAAAGGGGGGAGAGAUGGACAGGUUGUUUGUGAUGUGAGAUCUUGAAGCUUAGAUUUUAUGAAUGGUGGGAACGGUGAACACAGUAAGUUUAGUGGUUUACUUUUUAGGAGAAAAUUAGACAAUGUUUUGACACGGAAGUGAAAUAAUUUAAUAGUUAGUAUUGAAGUUAAGUUUAGUUUGUAAGUGCAGAAACUAGUCUAGGGCUGAUUUAACAAGAUUAAUAAAUAAAAUAUUUGUCUGUUGUGCUUAACAGAAGAGGUUUUACUGAUUUAAUAAAAUCAAACACUCUUUUUCAAUGAAACAUUAAUAUUUUAGCAAAAAAGGAAUUUACCAGUUGGAAUGGCAUUUAAUAAAUGCUGAUAACUACUUUUUCAUGUCAAAAUCAUUCUCUAUCAGUGCAGAUACACUCAUAGAAAAUACAGAACAAUUUUAUAAGUCUCAGCAUUCUAUCACUGUGAAUAAAACCACAGAUCAGAUCAUUUUGAACAAUCUGUAAUGGAGAAAUAUGAGAUUGCUUAACUUAAUAUAAAUUUGUUUUAACUUGUGUCGUAUUGCAACUAAAAUGUGGUAAGUACCUGAACUCUGUCUCAGAACACCAUUUCUGAGAAAACGAAGCAGCUUAAAUACAGUCUUUGAUUUUUUAUAGCUAUAUAUAAAUAAGUUAAGGAUAAUUAGUUGUACCAACACAUGAGAAUAUUACACCAACAGGACAACACUCAUAACUAAAAAUAACCACGUGUUAAAAAAUAAGUAACUAGUAUGCAUUAUUUCAAAUUUAUAAAUUAUUGUAUUUUAUAAUGUAAGUAAAAGGUUGUAUGAAAUGAAAUCGCCAACUUUAUCUUCUCUUAGUGUUAUAACAAACUUUAAAACUUAAAAUCCAAUGGUUUUUGAGUUGAAAUAAAAAAAUAGUCUUGUUCUGGUGAUGUGAUAAGUGACUCAAUCAAGAUGCUGGAAACAUUAAAUUUUUUUUCUCUCACAGUCUACAGUCUCGUAAAGAACUAAAGUGCCUAGCAUGACAAUAUGUAUAAAGAACUCAAGCAUUUAUUUGUUGCUAUUAUGCACAGAGGUUGUACUGAUGAUGUCUAGCAUUAAGUGGUUUUUAUUUAAUGUAAAAAUAGUAUUUGUAUCAUUAAUUUAAUUAUUUAUUGAAAGUAUUGCAAAUAAACAAUCCUUUAAGAUGUUUCUUUGACAA